UGUGCCUCGAGCUGAAUUUUGGAUCGAUGACCCCAUUGGUCAUCAUCGUAGUUUAGUCAUGCCUUUCUACGGUCGACCCGCAUCGAUACAUGAGUGCAAGUUAAAGAAUGAACUUAUUUCUCGGCUCCUGGAAAGUCGAUGCUAUCAAGUACUACAGGCUACCGAGUUCCUCGCUAAUAAAGGCUUAUAUCACAGCACAAUGAUGGAUGCCAACGUUCUGAUCAAAUUUCAGGAUAUAAGUUGUCUUACUAAAAUGUUUUUAUAUACUUUAGAGCAUCAGGAUGGGCAAUCUCUACUCACUCACCAGUAUAACGGUGUGGAAACAGUGGUUUCGAAGGUUGAAUUCCUACUGGGUCCCAUACCGCCUUUUUACCGCGAACGAUCGCGACGAUUCUUGAGUCUACGGCAUCAUAAAAGGGGUUAUGCUGAGAGUGCACAAGAAAUCAGCCAAACGCUAUUUGAUAUAGGAAAAGAGAUGGACCCAGUGCUGGCUGAGGACCUUGGCUCGCCGACAGGUGGUAUCAAGAGGUCCAUCGAGCCAGACGAACGCCGAGUGCCUACCUCACACCGCCAAGACGUGACCCACGUUUGCCAAAACUCAUAAGUACUAUACCGAUGAGAUGAGGUAAGUAAGCCAGAAGCUAACUGAAGUAUUCAAGGGGAGCUUACUUCUGAGAUACCGUGUUAAUACCACUGAGCACUCCCGAGAGACGUAUUGGGAUGAUUUUCAGCCUAAAAGGUAAGCCAAAGGGAAACACUGCAGAGGAGCCUUAACAACGAGGGUUAAAGGCUUCAAAACGCGCU